CUGCACAGCUUUGCAAUCAGUUAGAUUACGUUGCAACAGUUGAAAAGAUGGAGUAUUUCUUGUUCCUCGCUGCUUUUUACAGUUUUGCCGCACUGGCGCAUGGACAGGGCUGCUCGAUGAAGAAUAUAAAUUUCAAUGGAAAUGAUGCCUCCCAGUUUGGAGAAGAGGCGGCUUCAUACGAGGAAUGCGCCAAUAUAUGUAAACAAGCGAAAACUUGCAGCAUGUGGGCAUAUAAUACCUUCUGGAAGAGAUGCUAUCCCAAGAAACCACUCGAAAACAACAUGCCUUUGCCAAAUGCCAUUCUUUGGGACCUGGCUUCUGUCUCCGGAUUCAUUAACUGUCCUACAAACUGUAAAUUCCAGAACGUAAACUUCAUGGGAGAUAUAGCAGUCGGUUUCCCUAUCCAGAAUAUCACGGAGGAGAUGUGUGAGCUCAGCUGUCGGAAUGAAGCCGACUGUAAACUCUGGGUCUAUAGGAGCGGGGAAAGAAAAUGCAUGUUGAAGACGUCAGUGAUAGGACUCCCCAGUAAUGCUGUCUGGUCAGGCGGUGACGUGGCCGGCUUCAAAAACUGCACUAACGGACUUGGAGGGUUUGGACAAUAUAUAAUACUUCAAUCGACUACAACCGGUCCAAUUGUUGACAAGAUCAAUGAAACGAUCCCAGUCAUUGCAGUUGGUUAAUCAAGACAUUCUUUUGCUCAUUUUUUAUUGAUUAAUACUAAUUUCCAAUGCAAAAAUAAGCUACGUCGAGAUCUUUUAAUUGGCGAUUUAUUAACACCGGUUUAUCGUGAAACGAUGCCAACAUUGGUUUGUUUAGUUACACAUGUUCUCAUUGGUGGUUGGAUUAGUGCCAGCUCGCAUUUAGGCAGUUAUCAGAAUCUAACUAUCAUGUCAGAUGUGAGGAUAACUUCACCAAGAGUUACUGUGGUAAUAUGAGCCUGC